GGAAAGAGCUGGAAGUACCCAUUUCAAAUAACGGGGUCGAAGGGUUGGCACGACCAGACGAACCGGAGUCAAGUGACUACGAGAGUGGAGGUACGUAUGGUGAGUUUGAGUACGAAAGAGAGGAUGUAGAAGAGGAGGAAGGUUACUAUACCAGGGAACGAUCAGGAGGAAGAACUACGGACUGGGAGAGUGGAGCGGAAGAAACGACCGAUCAGGAAGAGACACCCCCAUCGGAGUCGAGAACCGAAGAAGCAGAAACUCCUAGCCCCACGAUAUACCUAGCCGUCCUGGAAGAAGUACCGACGCCGGAAGAAGAAGAGGAGCCUGCUGCCGGAGGACCAAAGACGGAUCUGGAAAACUUAAUGGAGGGAGAACGGGGAGAAGUAGCGAAACUCUUUGAGAUGGAAAAAGAACUAUUCGCGGAGAGUCUGGACGAACUUACUCAAACCGAC